AUGAACGCGGUAACAAUCACCAGUACAGUAAUGAUGUCCAUCUAUACGACCACUUAUUUAUGGGACGAUCUGUACAUAAAGUCAAUGUCCAUCGGUAUAGCGCUGUCGUCAUUCACUGUACAACUGGUGGUCUCGUGUGUGAUAUGCGGUUCCGUCGGCAGGAAAUUGGAUAAUAUUAGGGAAGUGUUGGACGCCGUCAACGGUGACCAACUCACGGACCGGGAGUUCCGGGAAUUAUUGUUGUUUAAGGAUAUCGCCAAAAAUACCCGCAAAUAUGGCUUCACUAUUGGAGGUGUGAGUAAGCAAUUCCAUCAAGCCCUAUUGUUGGUGGUUGCAUACACCGAGGCCAAAUUCUUGAGCGGUCUAUCGGGCACACCUGCCGAUGACUUGGUGAAAGAUCCAUGCUUUCUAAAAAGUUACCAAGAUGCCUACAAAAUAGUCCACGCUAAAAUACCCGACAUCGACCCCACCAUUAAAGAUCCCGCUUACUUUUGCUGUGUCGCCUGGGUCGAAUUGGACGCUAUGAGGGAUGCUGGCAAGGCCGAUUGUACCGCCGCUGAGGCCACAACACUGAACGCUCUCGAGGACAAAGUGAUCGCAUGGGCUAACGCUGAUGCCAAAUUAUUUGGUUCCCUGUCGGGCACACCUGUCGAUGACUUGGCAAAAGAUCCAUGCUUCCAAAAGAGUUACCAAGAUGCUUACAAAAUAGUCCACGCUAAAAUACCCGACAUCGACCCCACCAUUAGAGAGCCCGCAUACUUUUGUUGUGUUGCGUGGGUCGAGUUGGACGCUAUGAGGGAUGCUGGCAAGGCUGACUGUACCGCAGCUGAGGCCACAACACUGGGCGCACUGGAAGACAAAGUGGUCGCAUGGGCUAAUGCCGGCGAUUCCUUAUUGUUGGUGGUAGCCUGCACUGAGGCCAAAUUCUUUGGCUCCCUAUCGGGCACACCUGUUGACGAUUUAAUGGCCGAUCCCUGUUUGAAAAAGAGCUACCAAGAUGCCUACGAACUGGUACAUAAGAAAAUUCCCGACAUCGAUCCCACUAUCACAAAUCCCGCCUACUUUUGCUGUAUCUCAUGGGUCGAGUUAGACCAGUUGAGAGUGGCCGCCAAGAAGGACUGCACCGCCGCUGAGGCCACGACUAUGGGCGGUCUGGAAGACAAAGUGAUCGCAUGGGCUAAUGCUGAUGCUUGCAAAGAUCAUAAAUACACCAAGGACAUUCAAACAUGCAAAAAACCAUAAAUUCUAUGUAUUUAAAUAAUAACAUCAAUUUAUA